UGUUGACAUGCACGCAUUUGUUUAUUUAGUAAUAUUCAUUAUUCACUUCCAAUUAAAAAAAACUAUAUAACGAAAGUUACCUCGUUUACUGACCCAGAUAACAGUUUGCCAUUAAUUAAAACCGCUACGAGGCAAUUAUGUGCUUUAAUUAAAAACGCCUUAUCAUCCAUGCACAAGUUUAAAGUUCAGUCAGAACAUGAUAAAGUCUUAAGUGUGCAUCAAUAAACAGUUAUGGCAAAAUUCAACGUCCUGCAGGAUUUCAAAAGGGGGCCCCUGGACCUUUACAGGCAGCAGGCCUCCUUUUGCUGGAAAAAACUGAAGGUCUUCCUGGAUACCGAGGAAGUGGUGAACUACCAAAAUGACUUAUAUACAGAGCUCCUAAGCCACUUAGACUAUCUGUCUUCCGACCCUAUACACUCCCUCUCAUUUGACGAGGAGCGUAGACUGGCCUGCCGACAAAACUUCAUCUAUAAAUCCAUCGAACUCUUGUCAAUCCCUUAUCUGAUUCAGAACCUAAAGUUCCCUGCCGCAGCAACCAGAAUAAUGAUGCAACUCUCCCCUUCAUCGACCAUAAAGUUCAGUGUGACCGAUUCAUUAUUUACAAACGUUAUUCGAACCUUAGGAACUGAGAGACACGAGCACUUCUUAACUGAAGCCGAGGAAGGACAAAUUAUAGGGUGCUACGGCUUAACGGAAGUCGCCCACGGUUCAAACGUAAAAGGGAUGCAAACGACCGCCACUUAUAACAAAGAAAAUCGCAGUUUUGUUGUGAACUCGACGAGCUUCGAGGCGGCCAAGUGUUGGGUGGGCGGCCUGGGUCAAAUGGCCACCCAUGCGAUCGUUUACGCCCAACUUUACACCGAAAACACCCAUCAGGGGCUCCACUGUUUCGUUGUACCAGUGAGGGACCCCAAGACUUUGCUUCCGUACCCUGGGGUCACCGUGGGGGACAUGGGAGAGAAAAUUGGAUUGAACGGAAUCGAUAAUGGCUUUGUAAUGUUUAACAACUACGAAAUCCCCAAGGAAAACCUACUGAACAAACUGGGGGACGUAACCGAUAACGGUCAGUACGUGACCCCCUUUAGGGACCCCAAUAAGCGCCACGGGGCCGCCCUGGGAGCCCUAUCGGUAGGAAGGGUCACCAUCACGGCCCUCUGUGAGGCUUAUGGGGUCAAGGGGUUAACAAUUGCCAUAAGGUAUUCGGCUGUUAGGAAACAGUUCGGGCCUGACAAUAGUCCCGAGGUGCCUUUACUGGAAUAUCAGACUCAUCAAUAUCGGUUACUACCAUACCUGGCCGCAGCGUAUGUCCUCAGGAUCUUUUCCUCAAAGUUGUUUGAGGACCAGUAUCAGUUUGCCAUCGAUUCGGCCCUUGGGAAUAAUAAGGAAAAGUUACCUGAACUGGGGACGGAGCUUCAUGCAGUCUCGUCUGCCUCAAAGCCGAUUGCCGGUUGGACUAUGAGGGAUGCGAUACAGGAGUGUCGAGAGUGUUGCGGCGGACAUGGAUAUUUAAAAGCGGCAAGGUUAGGUGACAUAAGGAACGACCACGACGCCAACUUGACGUACGAGGGUGAAAACCACGUGCUCAUCCAACAGACCGCCAAUUGGUUAAUUAAGUUGUGGCCUUUGGUAUUGAAGGGUCAAAGGAUUGCCACGCCCUUAAGGUCUGUGGAUUUUUUAACUGAUGGCCUUAAGAUUUUAGGUGGGGUAACAUGGAAGGCUGGUAACGUCGAGGAGGUGUGCCAACCAGAAAUAAUUAUGUCGAUUUAUCAAUGGCUGGUGUGCUAUUUACUGAAAAGCACCCACGAUAAAUUGGAAAAUCUGUUGGCAAAAAAAGACGUUUUCUGGGCUAAGAACGACAACCAGGUUUUUCACGCUAAAAACUUAUCAAUUGCCUUCAUUCAGCACUUCAUGCUCCAAACCAUGCUAGAAACAAUCCAAGUGGCGCCCUCUCCAGAAAUCAAGGCGGUAUUAACAAAACUGUUCGCCCUCUACGGCUUAUUCUCCUUGGAAACAUACCAUAUGACGUCACUGUAUCAAGGAGAGAUGGCGCGAGGAUCGACCCCGGCCACCUUGAUCCGCGACGCCAUCUUGCGACUGUGCUCGGAACUAAAGGGGGAGGCGGUGGCGCUGGUUGACGUCUUGGCCCCGCCCGAUUUCGUCUUGAAUUCGCCCCUAGGGGCCUCAGACGGCGAGGUGUAUAAACGGUUGCAGUCCGCCAUUUUCGGGUCGCCUUAUGCGAUGCGCAGACCGGACUGGUGGCAAGACAUCACCAACUGGAAAGUGAACGUUUUAAAGGGCAAGUUGUAAUCAAUUGUGACAAUAUAUUGAAUUUUAUUGGUAA